GAGAAAGCAAAAGCCGCAUCCUUUGAGGAAAAAUCAGCAUUUUCUCACGAAAGAAACUUAUCAGAGGUUUUAUUUUCCCAGGAACCAAACAAUUGCUUUUCUCCCUGCUAGUCCUCUCUGAUAAACAACCUUAACUUCUCUCUCUGUUUGUCCUUUCUCUCUCUCUCUGCCCCCAUCGGCCUCGUAAGUUUCGCUCUCUUUUCUUUUUUUUUUCAGAAAAAAAAGUUCUGUCGUUGGCAAUGGCUUUGGCUUUCUACUCUUUUCCAUGUUUGGAAAAUUCGGUUUUUCCCCGUUUUGACUCCAUUCUUCUGCUGUUAUUCAGUUUCUAAUCUCGACGACAAAUGCAGGGGUUUCCAUUUUUUCCCCAAAAAAAAUUUCGUCGAAAACCCUCGAGAUUUUCACUUUCUCGUAAAAAAAUUUAGAAAUUUGGUCGCUGAAUCUCUGAUAUUCAGGUUUCCCCAGAAGCUCUCAGGUUCCGAGGAGCACGCUUGGUUAACCGAGGCCUGGGAUUCUUCUUCUGGUUUCGACGUUUUCUUCCGUCUCCUCCAUGAUUUGGUAAAUUAGGGUUUAUGAAGUUCGAAUUGCGCGAAAUGCUUGUCGAUUAAGCCACCGCGAGGGAUUUCUAUUGGUGGGUUCUUGAUUUCUUCCGCGAUUACUUUUGGUGAGUGGCAAAGAGAAUGAUGUUAUCGGCGUCGCCGACGACACCGGGGAAAAGCUCGCUGGAGGAGAUGCUUGAGUCUCUCUGCCGGCAAGACGAGUGUGACCGGCCGAGAGAUACUCCGCCGGCGCUUCCGGCCCGGCCCAAUUCGAGGGCGCGGCUGCCGUCGGCACGCCGAUCGCUUCCGGCGAACUUCAGCGUCGGAAAUGUGAUGGGCACUGUCUCCGCCGUGGCGGAGGGCGAAGGCAAGGGGAAGGAGGAAGGGAAGAGGAAAGAGAAGGAUUUGAGAGUGAAGAGAAAGAGCUUCGGGAGCAAGAAGAUGAAGACUGAGCAGAGUGCGGAAUCUCCUUACACGGCGGAGGAGAAGGACGCAACAAUGGAGGAUGUGAAGAGUAGUAGUGGUCAGGUGAGUCAUGUGAAGAAGGAGGCGGAGGGUAAGAAAUCGCUGGAACCUGAAUGGAACGAUAACGUUGAGUAUUUCAUCAAGAAGAAACUUCGUGUUUGGUGUCGGGUACCUGAUGCACAAUGGCAACUGGGAAUGAUACAGUCUACCCCCGGUGAUGAGUCCUUUGUCGUGUUGUCCAGUGGAAAUGUUGUGAAAGUGUCGACAGAAGAGCUCUUCCCUGCAAACCCAGAGAUUCUCGAAGGCGUUGAAGAUCUUAUACAGCUAAGUUAUCUGAAUGAGCCAUCAGUCCUUUACAACCUCCGGGCCAGAUAUUCUCAAGACUUGAUUUAUAGUAAAGCAGGGCCAGUUUUGAUUGCAGUCAAUCCAUUUAAGGACGUGCCGAUUUAUGGAAAAGAUAUCCUCUCGGCUUAUCAGCAGAAGGUUUUGGAUACUCCUCAUGUGUAUGCUGUGGCAGACGCAGCUUAUAAUGAGAUGAUGAGAGAUGAGAAGAACCAGUCCAUCAUUAUAAGCGGGGAAAGUGGAGCUGGGAAAACUGAGACGGCAAAAUUUGCGAUGCAGUAUUUGGCCGCUCUUGGUGGAGGAAGUAGCUGUGGAAUAGAGUAUGAAAUCCUAAAGACAAAUAGUAUUCUCGAAGCAUUUGGGAAUGCUAAAACAUCAAGAAAUGCAAACUCUAGCCGAUUUGGCAAACUGAUUGAGAUUCAUUUCAGUGCGACGGGAAAGAUAUGUGGAGCCAAAGUUGAGACUUUUCUAUUGGAGAAGACAAGAGUGGUUCAGUUGUCUGUUGGCGAAAGAUCCUACCACAUCUUUUAUGAAUUGUGUGCUGGGGCUUCUCCAACUCUUAAAGAGAAAUUGAAGCUUAAGACGGCGAGUGAGUACAGCUAUCUGAAUCAGAGCGAUUGCUUGAUCAUUGAUGGUGUUGAUGAUGCUAAGAAGUUUCACAAACUGAUGGAAGCUUUCGAUAUCGUUAAAAUACCCAAAGGUGAUCAAGACCGUACAUUUGCAUUGCUUGCUACUGUCUUAUGGAUAGGGAACAUAUCUUUCCAAGUGAUUGACAAUGAAAAUCAUGUGGAGGUCGUAGCAGAUGAAGCUGUAACAAAUGCUGCAAUGCUGAUGGGCUGCAAUCCAGACGAGCUUAUGGUGGUUUUGUCUACCCGUAAGCUCCAAGCCGGUAGGGACUGUAUUGCUAAAAGACUGACAUUGCCGCAGGCAAUUGAUAUGAGGGAUGCAUUGGCUAAAUUCCUCUACGCAGGCCUUUUUGAAUGGCUCGUUGGACGAAUAAACGUUGCAUUGGAAGUUGGUAAAUCACUCACGGGGAGAUCUUUGAGUAUUCUUGAUAUAUAUGGGUUCGAAUCAUUCAAGAAUAACAGCUUCGAGCAAUUCUGUAUUAAUUAUGCGAACGAGAGAUUGCAGCAACACUUCAACCGGCAUUUAUUUAAACUCGAACAAGAGGAGUAUGAAGAGGAUGGAAUUGAUUGGACCAAGGUUGAAUUUGAAGACAAUCAAGAGUGCUUAGAUCUCAUCGAGAAGAAACCCAUCGGUUUGUUGUCUCUAUUAGACGAGGAAUCGAAUUUUCCAAAGGCAACUGAUCUGACCUUUGCAAAUAAGCUCAAGCAGCACUUGAAAGCUAACCGCCGCUUCAAAGGAGAACGAGGUCGGGCCUUCAGAGUUAACCAUUAUGCCGGAGAGGUUCUCUAUGACACGAAUGGUUUUUUGGAGAAGAAUCGGGAUCCACUACACACUGAUCUUAUCCGACUUUUAUCGUCAUCCAACUGCCAGUUGUUGGACUCGUUUUCUACAAGAAACCCUAAUAAGUCUCAGAAGCCAUUGACGUUUUCAGAUUCUACGAAUCAAAGUGUCGGAACUAAGUUUAAGGGUCAACUUUUCAAGUUGAUGAACAAGUUGGAGAACACGACUCCGCAUUUUAUCCGAUGCAUCAAGCCGAAUUCUAAGCAGCGUCCCGGCGUAUAUGAGGAGGAUCUUGUCCUUCAACAGCUUAGAUGUUGUGGUGUUUUAGAGGUCGUUAGAAUAUCGAGAUCGGGAUAUCCUACUCGGUUGACUCAUCAAGAGUUUUCGGGAAGAUAUGGAUUUCUCCUCUCCGACAAGAAAGUAUCUCGGGAUCCAUUGAGCAUAUCAAUUGCUGUUCUGAAGCAAUUCAAUAUUCCUCCCGAAAUGUUUCAAGUUGGUUAUACAAAACUGUACCUCCGAACAGGGCAGAUCGGUGUCCUCGAGAAUAGAAGAACGCUGAUUCUCCGAUGCGUCCUUGGUGUACAAAAGUGCUUCCGAGGACAGCGGUCUCGUCGAUGUUUCCAACAGCUGAGGAGUGGGGCAAUAUUACUGCAAUCAUAUAUCCGAGGUGAAAACGCCCGAAGAAAGUAUGAUGUCGAGGCGAAGAUACGUGCAGCGGCUAUAUCCCGAUCGAUCGAUGAAGAGCUAACUGCAACCAUAUUCUUGCAGUCAGCGGUACGAGGUUGGUUGGCUAGGAAGCAGUUCGAGAGAAUGCAAAGGCAGAAAAAAUUACACGGUGAGAAGACGGAACUAAGAAGGAAAUCAAGCGGGACGGUUCCGGAAGACAAGAUCCCGCCUUCAUCAGCUCUGGCCGAACUCCAGAGACGAGUUCAGAAAGCCGAAGCAGCUUUACUGCAGAAGGAAGACGAGAACGUUGCGCUGCGGGAUCAGUUGCGGCAAUUCGAGGCAAGGUGGUCGGAUUAUGAGGUGAAGAUGAAGUCGAUGGAGGAGACUUGGCUAAAGCAGGUGGCGUCAUUGCAGAUGAGUCUUGCGGCUGCGAGAAAGACAUUGGCUUCGGACAACAACGGAAUCCAUACAACGAAACCCGAACCUUCGAUAUCGCCACUCGGCUACGGCUAUGAUUCAGAGGAUACACUGUCCAUAGGAACUCCUGGAGUGAACACUCCCACGAAAUACAUCAAUGGCGGAACUCCAGAGAUCAGGAUCAAUGGCAGUUUGAACGCUGUGACCAAUCUGGCGAGAGAAUUCGAACAGCGGAAAUUCAAUUUCGACGAAGACGUGAGAUUUCUUGCUGAGGAGAAACCUGGACCGACAUCAACUUCAUCCGAGGGGCAACACCACCCGGAAGAAGAACUCAAGAAACUGAAGCAAAGAUUCAAGACAUGGAAGAAAGAUUACAAAGCCAGAUUACGAGAGACGAGGGCAAGACUCCAUAGACUAGAAGGACAAAAGGGCCACCACCGGAAAUGGUGGGGAAAGAUCAGAUCUUAGGGAUUCAGCCCCAGAAAACACUUUAAAACUUAGCCGAGCAGCCCCCUAGAUUCAGCCAUGUGCAUAAAAUAUCAAAUUAGGGUUUUUUCUUUUCCA